AUGAAAACACGAGAAACAGUGACCACGACAAGUGGUUCUGAGUCGUCACCGAAGACAACGAUAUUGCCAGCAAAAAAGGAUUAUUUCCAUGUUGAAGCCAAUAUCCAAAAUGAAUUUGGAGUCUGUGGAUGGAUCCUCACCAUUCUCUCCUAUCUCCUCAUCUUCUUCACUCUCCCGAUUUCGGCAUGCAUGUGUAUCAAGGUGGUCCAAGAGUAUGAAAGAGCUGUUAUUUUCCGUCUUGGUCGUCUCAUGCCAGGUGGCGCCAAAGGACCAGGAAUCUUCUUCAUUGUCCCUUGCAUCGAUACCUACCGAAAAGUUGAUCUUCGUGUUUUGUCUUUCGAAGUCCCACCCCAAGAAAUUCUGUCCAAGGAUUCUGUGACUGUCGCUGUCGAUGCUGUUGUCUAUUUUCGAAUCUCCAAUGCUACAAUCUCGGUCACCAAUGUCGAAGACGCCGCUCGCUCCACGAAACUCCUCGCUCAAACCACCCUUCGCAACAUUCUCGGAACCAAGACUCUCGCCGAAAUGUUGUCCGACAGAGAAGCCAUCUCUCAUCAGAUGCAGACAACUUUGGACGAGGCUACUGAGCCAUGGGGAGUGAAAGUCGAGAGAGUCGAAGUCAAGGAUGUUCGUUUGCCAGUUCAACUUCAGAGAGCGAUGGCUGCCGAAGCUGAAGCCGCUCGUGAAGCUAGAGCCAAGGUUAUUGUUGCCGAGGGAGAACAGAAAGCUUCCAGAGCUUUGAAGGAAGCUGCUGAAGUUAUUGCCGAGAGCCCAUCUGCUCUCCAACUCCGCUAUCUACAAACCUUGAACAGUAUCUCUGCUGAGAAAAACUCAACCAUCAUCUUCCCAUUCCCAAUCGACCUUCUGAGUGCCUUCCUUCAACGUACCCCACCAAAAGUUGAUAACAAUUUCGCAUUUCCAACACAAAAAUCCGGCGGAAUCCCGUCCACUUCCUGA